AUCCAUUCUCGCCAAAAGCCACCGGGAGAAAAAAAAAUUCCAUUUUUCCCGGCCAAACAAACCACUCAUCACCCACAUUAAUCCAAAAACAAAAAUUCAAGCAUGCCAUCCUCCUCUUCCUCCUCCUCUCCCUCCCCUCCCCUUCCAGAGUUCAAAAACUCCGUCAAGCUCAAAUACGUCAAACUUGGCUACCAAUACCUGGUAAACCAUAUCCUCACCCUCCUCCUCAUACCCAUCAUCGCCGCCGUCGGUCUCGAAGUGGCCCGAAUGGGCCCGUCCGAAUUCCUUUCCCUUUGGCGCUCCCUGCACUUGGACCUCCUCGAAAUCCUCUGCUCCGCUUUCAUCAUCGUCUUCGUCGCCACCGUCUACUUCAUGUCCCGCCCACGCCCGAUCUAUCUCCUCGACUACGCCUGCUUCAAACCUCCUAUGUCUUGUCGCGUCCCCUUCUCCACCUUCAUGGAACACACCCGCCUCAUCUGCUCCGACGAGAAGAGCUACCAAUUCCAAGCUCGCAUCCUCGAACGUUCCGGCCUUGGAGAAGAGACCUGUCUCCCCCCUGCUAAUCACUAUAUCCCCCCAAGCCCCAAUAUGGAAGCCUCCCGCGCCGAAGCCAAACUUGUCAUCUUCUCCGCCGUCGACGACCUCCUCGCCCGCACCGGUAUCAAACCCAAAGACAUCGACAUUCUCGUCGUCAAUUGCAGCCUCUUCUCCCCAACACCUUCCCUCUCCGCUAUGAUAGUCAACCGCUACAAACUCCGCGGCAACAUUCACAGCUUUAAUCUCUCCGGCAUGGGUUGCAGCGCUGGUCUCAUCUCUAUAGACCUCGCCAGAGAUCUACUCCAGGUUCACGCAAACUCCACCGCCCUCGUCGUCUCAACGGAGAUCAUCACCCCCAAUUUCUACGCCGGCAACCAACGCUCCAUGCUUCUUCCCAAUUGCCUCUUCCGCAUGGGUGCCGCCGCAAUUCUCCUCUCCAACCGCCGCCGCGACCGUCGCCGCGCCAAAUACCGCCUCGUCCACCUAGUCCGAACACAUAAGGGCGCUGAUGAAAAAGCCUACCGUUGCGUCUACGAGGAAGAGGACAAGGAUGGCCAUUCCGGAAUUUCUCUUUCCAAAGACCUGAUGGCCAUCGCGGGUGAAGCGCUGAAAUCCAACAUCACGACCAUUGGUCCUUUAGUCCUCCCUGCUUCCGAGCAACUCCUCUUCCUCUUCACACUCAUCGGACGAAAAAUAAUAAACCCGAAAUGGAAACCUUAUAUUCCAGACUUCAAGCAAGCUUUCGAGCACUUCUGUAUUCACGCCGGCGGGCGAGCGGUGAUCGACGAGCUGCAGAAAAAUUUGCAGCUUUCGGCAGAGCACGUGGAGGCUUCGCGGAUGACACUGCACCGCUUCGGUAACACGUCGAGCAGCUCGCUCUGGUACGAGCUCAACUACAUCGAAUCGAAAGGGCGUAUGAAGCGCGGCGAUCGCGUUUGGCAGAUAGGGUUCGGGAGCGGAUUCAAGUGCAACAGCGCCGUUUGGAAAUGCAUGAGGACCGUUAAGAUACCGUUGGAUGGGCCGUGGGGUGAUUCCAUUGACCGUUACCCCGUCUUCAUACCCGAGGUGGUGAAGCUCUAAACUCGAGCUCGCCAGUGCUAAUUACCGCCGGCAAGCGAACACGUACUACUGUGAUUCUCUCCGCUCAACAACUCUUCCUACCACCAACCGAUCGACGUUGUAAAGUAGAUGGCUGUUUGAUUUGUUGAAAUUUAUUGUGUGUGUUUGUCAGAUUCUAUAGCUGAUUCGAUUCUAUUGGUAUUCGCUGCUCGAUGUUGCGUAUUGUAUUUUCUCGUGAGAGGAAAUGGAUCGAAUUAAUUCAAGCUGUAAGAAUUAAUGCAAAAGAGUUAUAUAUACAGCGAUGGUUGAAGUUGUGUAUUU